AUGGCUGAAUCUUCCAGUCUCGCCACGAAGAUGGACAUCGACGAGGCUGCAAUCGAUGAGGGGUUAUAUUCGCGCCAACUAUAUGUUCUUGGUCAUGAAGCCAUGAAGAAGAUGGCGGUCUCCAACGUCUUGAUCGUAGGGAUGCAGGGUUUGGGUGUCGAGAUAGCAAAAAAUAUCGCGUUGGCUGGUGUGAAAUCUGUAACCAUUUUCGAUCCUGAGCUAGUGACUAUCCAAGAUCUCAGUUCGCAAUUCUUUUUACGUGCCGAGGAUGUUGGAAAGUCAAGAGCUGCUGCGACGCUACCUAGAUUGGCCGAACUCAACACCUACGUUCCCGUCCGCGAUCUUGGCGGAAGACCAGGGGAUGAAAUCACGAUUGAUCUUAUCAAGGGCUUCCACAUUGUUGUUCUCUGCGGAGUUCCUUACAGCAAACAGCUUGAAAUAAAUGACUGGACACACCAGAAUGGUGUCCACUUUGUUUCUGCAGAAACUCGAGGCCUCUUUGGGUCGGCGUUCAAUGAUUUUGGCCCCAAGUUCACCUGUGUGGAUCCAACUGGUGAGCAACCACUCUCCGGUAUGAUCGUUUCAGUCGACAAGGACCACGAGGGAGUGAUAACUUGUCUCGACGAAACAAGGCACGGAUUGGAAGAUGGCGAUUUUGUGACCUUCACGGAAGUGCAAGGCAUGGUAGAGCUUAAUGGGUGCGAACCGCGGAAGAUUACCGUCAAGGGACCCUACACAUUCAGCAUCGGAGAUACUUCGAACCUCAGCGAUUACAAGACAGGCGGCAUCUUCACCCAAGUUAAAAUGCCCAAGGUUAUUGACUUUAAAUCGCUUCGAGAGUCCUUACAAGCACCGGAGUUCCUAGUUACCGAUUUUGCGAAGUUCGACCGUCCACAGACUCUCCAUGUUGGUUUCCAAGCUCUUUCUGAAUUCAGAACGCGCAACAAUCGCUUGCCUCGACCCAGGAAUGACGAAGAUGCCGCAGUGAUCAUUGCGUUGGCAAAGGGAUUAGAUGCCGAUGCCGACGAGAAGGUCCUCAGGGAACUGGCCUAUCAAGCAACGGGCGAUUUGUCUCCAAUGAACGCUGUCCUCGGUGGAUUUGUCGCACAAGAGGUCCUCAAAGCUUGCUCCUCGAAAUUCCAUCCAACAUUCCAGCACCUUUACUUCGACUCUUUGGAAUCCCUGCCCAAUGACACGCCUACAGAAGCCGAAUGCCAGCCGGUUGGGUCGAGAUAUGAUCGUCAGAUAGCUGUGUUCGGCAAAUCGUUCCAAGAGAGGAUCCAAAACCACCGGCAGUUCCUUGUCGGCUCAGGGGCCAUUGGCUGCGAGAUGCUGAAGAACUGGAGUCUCAUGGGUGUGGGUUCUGGCCCUAACGGCAUCAUACAUGUCACGGAUCUGGAUACCAUUGAGAAGAGUAACUUGAACCGUCAAUUCCUGUUCCGCGCCAAGGAUCUGGGGAAAUUCAAGGCAGAGGUUGCUGCAGUCGCGGUCGCAGAUAUGAACCCGGACCUGAGCGGCAAAAUAUUGGCCAAACAAGAACCAGUUGGUCCCAACACCGAGAAUGUCUACGACGAGAUCUUUUUCGACGGUAUUGAUGGCGUUACAAACGCCUUGGACAACGUCAAAGCACGUCUUUACAUGGACCAGCGCUGCGUUUUUUAUCGCAAGCCUCUCCUCGAAUCUGGCACUUUGGGAACGAAAGGAAACACACAAGUCGUCAUACCAAAUCUGACCGAGUCAUAUGCUUCUUCUCAGGACCCACCUGAGAAGGAGACUCCGUCCUGCACGAUCAAGAAUUUCCCGAACGCGAUUAAUCACACAAUCGAGUGGAGCCGAACGCAAUUCGACAACCUUUUUGUCAAACCGGCUCAAGCAGCCAAUGCAUACCUCUCGGAACCCAACUAUCUGGAAACCGCGUUGAAGUACUCUGGCCAACAAAAGGAACAAAUCGAACAGAUCGUGUCCUUCCUUGUUACGAACAAGCCCCUCACAUUUGAGGAGUGUAUUGUUUGGGCUCGCCUGCAGUUUGAACGUGACUACAACAACGACAUUCGUCAACUCCUGUUCAGUCUUCCCAAGGACGCUGUGACAAGCACUGGCCAACCAUUCUGGAGUGGUCCGAAGAGAGCACCAGAACCUCUCGUUUUCAAUGCCAAUGAUCCUACUCACUUGGGCUACAUCAUUGCUGCGGCCAAUUUACAUGCAUUUAACUAUGGCCUUCGAGGCGACACGAAUGCUGCACAUUUCCGCAAGGUGUUGGAUUCUGUCAUCGUACCUGAAUUUACACCGAGAAGCGGCGUCAAAAUUCAGGUGUCUGAUAAUGAUCCCGUUCCUCAAGGCAAUGCUGGUGGAGAUGAGGACCUCGAAGAUUUGGCGAGCAAACUACCUGCCCCUUCAUCCUUGGCUGGUUACCGCCUGAGUCCUUGUGACUUUGAGAAGGACGACGACACCAAUCAUCACAUCGACUUUAUCACCGCAGCGUCCAACCUUCGCGCCAUGAACUAUUCCAUCAAUCCCGCUGACAGACACACCACAAAGCAGAUCGCCGGGAAAAUCAUACCUGCCAUUGCUACUACAACAUCUCUCGUUACUGGAUUGGUUUGUUUGGAGCUUUAUAAGGUCAUCGACGGCAAGAACAGGCUUGAGGAUUACAAGAAUGGUUUCGUCAACCUUGCGCUGCCAUUCUUCGGUUUCUCAGAACCCAUUGCCGCGAAGAAAUUGAGUUACGGUUCCACUGAGUGGACCCUCUGGGAUCGUUUCGAAUUUGCGAACGAUCCUACUUUGCAAGACAUCAUUACUUAUUUCGAGAAAGAACACAAACUUUCCACGACUAUGGUCAGCCAGGGAGUGAGUAUGCUGUGGAAUUCGUGGAUCGGGAAGAAGAAGAGCGAAGAGAGGUUGCCCAUGAAGUUCAGCCAGCUUGUGGAGAGUGUCAGCAAGAAGCCCAUACCGCCUCACGCCAAACACCUCAUCGUUGAAAUCAUGGUGACGGAUGAAAAUGACGAAGAUGUUGAGGUUCCAUUCAUUGUCGUUCGCAUCUGA